AUGGUGAUUAUCGAGGAGAUUGUUCAGGCACUUGAGAUCCCGGAGAGGAAGAAGACCCCAGCCAUUGUCCCUUCGAGGUGGGUGCCACCGGAGGAGGGGUUGAUCAAGAUCAACACGGAUGGAGCAACGAAUAUGGGUCUUGGACGCGAUCUAAUUGCACAAGACAUGGGCCUCCAGCAUGUGCUGUUGGAGACGGACUGCCAGGAGAUUCAGCGGCUCUGGGAUGCACCUCAGAGCACCGUCGAAACCGAAAGAAUCGAAACUACCAAUAAGUUGCCAUCACCGCACCUCGGCGAGACGGCGCCCGUCUCCCUCGUGCCGUCGUCGUCGCCGGCGAUGGCAUCCCAGCCACCGCCUCCGCCCCAUGAGCUCGACCUAGAGGCCUUCCCCCCGUCUUCUCCUCCUCCCGCCUCCGACGCCGAUCACCGCCGCGCCGUUGACGACCUGCUCCUCCUCCUCUCUUCGUCCGACUCCGACGGCGACGACGAGACAAACCCUACACCCAGUACCAACUACAAAACCCCUAUCAAAGCCCCAUCGCCGCCCCCUAACGAGCUCGAUCUGGAGGCCUUCCCCCCGUUGUCUCGAGCCUCCUCCUCAGUCUCCGACGCCGACGCCGAUCGCCGCCGCGCUGUCGACGACCUGCUCCUCCUCCUCUCCUCGUCCGACUCCGACGAAGACGACGAGCCAAACCUUACACUCAGCACCAAACACAAACCUCUGACCCGUAUCAAAGCCACACCGCCGCCUCCUAAACCUUCUCCAUCUCCUCUGCCGUUGCCUUCCGCGUCCUCCGGGAGAUCCACAUCCGCAUCCCCGUCGGCGACGCUCUCCUACCUUGUCCCGAGAACCUUUUCGAACAACGCUGCCUCCUCGUCGAGGCCACUCCCCUCGCUCUUCCGGGGUGUCCGCCCCAGCCCCAAACCAGGCGCCGCCCUCGCUGCGGCCGCAGCCGCGUCCCGCGCUAUUCUCACUCCGUACGCCGCUGCAAUUAAGUCGCGGCGCACUGCCUCCGCGCCCAUCGAGAAGCUCCUCGACCAAGGCUCCGAGGGUUUCCUUUCUACCGGAAAUUUCAAAGGAGAUGAAGUAGCUGAGAAGGUCAGUGAGGAAGUGGUUGCUAGGGUGACGGACGAAACUAUCGGCGGGAAUGGUGUUGAAGAAUUGGAAGAGGGCAAGCACGGUGAAGUGGGGACUGAAGAGAAUUCCAAGCCCUCAGAAUCGGCGGACAUAGGCAAUGUCGAUUUUGUUGCUGCGGAAAAUGUCAAUGAGCAUGAGCAACUUGAGGGCGAGAAUUUGGCUGAAACUGAUCAACCUGGGAGUCAAAUUCGGUUUAUUGCUGAGGAAAAUGGUGAUGAGCCAAUUAGCAAAGGAAUUUUUGUGGAAUCUGGUGACAUUCAGGAUGGGUCAGUUUCCCAUCAAAAGUCUGAUGACGGGCUGGAAAUUGAACGUUCUGAAACUGAUUUGGAAGAGCAAAUGAAAUCUGAGAGGAUCAUCGAUAAGGUUAUCGAAGAGACGUUGGAGAUCAGCAGGAUGGCUGAGAAAAAUGCGGAGAAAAAGCCAAAGGUGCCGAUAAAACCAUUGGAGUGGGCUGAGGAGCUUGAGAAGAGGCAGGCCUCAUUUGGGCAGCACUGGGAGGAGGGAGCAGCAGCGCAACCAAUGCGCCUGCAGGGGAUUGGGAAGGGCCAACCUGCUAUUGGUUACAUGCAGAUUGAGGUGGACAACCCAAUAACUCGUGCCAUGGCCUCUCCGUCUUUUAGACAGGAACAUGGCUCUCCUCAGGUCUUAGCAGUACAUAGGAGCUAUAUUGCCAUGGGCAUGUCCAAUGGAUCUGUUAUCAUCGUCCCAAGCAAAUACUCCAUCCAUCAAGCUGAUGAUACAAAUGCAAAGAUGCUGUGCUUUUGGAACCAAGGUGAAAAAACUCAAUCACCAGUGACUGCCAUGUGCUUCAACCCGCAAGGGGAUCUUCUGUUAGUAGGAUAUGGUGAUGGUCAUAUGACAAUUUGGGAUGUACAGAAGGCUACUGCAGCAAAAGUCAUAUAUGGCGAGCACACAGGAGCUGUAGUGCAUGUUUGUUUUAUCCACCAAUCUAAAGCCAUCACUGGUGAUUCAAAAGGGCUUGUUCUUAUGCACACAUUCUCGAUUAUCCCCGUCAUUAAUCGCUUGACUGUCAAGGGAAUCCAGCGCCUUUUUGAUGGACAUACUGGAAUCGUGCUCUCGGCCUGUCCUCUUCUAGCGAAUGAAUCCUUUGGUUCUGGCAACCAAACAACUUCCUCCAGUGGUGGUCAUGGGAGCAUGAUGGGAGGUGUAGUUGGAGUAGAUUCCAGAUGGAAGUUUUUCAAUGAAGGUUCUUCUCCAAUGGAGGACGGUGUUACAGUCAUGUUCAUUAUGCAUCAACAUGCUCUAGUGGUUAGACUCCAUACCAAUACUGACCAUGUUGACCAUAUUGAGACCUUCUCUAGACCAGAAGGAGCACGAGAAGGGUCAAUUGCUUAUGCUGCAUGGAAAUACACAUCAUCCUCAAGUGAUUCAUCGCCAAUUGAUGAAGAGCGGGUAUCUUGGCUUGCGCUUGCAUGGGACCGUCAAGUACAAGUGGUAAAAUUUGUUAAAUCAAAGAUGAUCAAACAUAAGGACUGGAAGCUUGGUAGUGUCUCCGUUGGUGUUGCCUGGUUAAAGGAUAAGAUGUUAGCUGUCCUUAACUUGAGAGGGCAGCUCUGUUUGUUCUCAAAGGAUGGCAGUGAGCUUCGCAGGACUAUCUUUAUUCUUGAUGGUUUGGUCUUCGAUGACAGCAUACUGUACCAUACACAUUUUUCUAACAGGUUUGGUAACCCUGAGAGGCACUUUAACAACUCGGUCGCAGUAAGAGGUGCUACAGUAUAUAUUCUUGGCCCAAGCUUUCUUACAGUUUCGCGACUUCUUCCAUGGAAAGAGCGGAUUGAAGCACUAAAGAGGGCUGGUGAUUGGAUGGGUGCAAUGGACAUGGCAAUGAAGCUUUAUGACGGUCACACACAGGGUGUUGUUGAUCUUCCGAGAAAAGUUGAUUCUAUAAGGGAAGCCAUAGUGCCGUCUCUAUUAGAGUUACUGCUGUCAUAUAUAGGUUAUGUCUUCGAAUAUAUUUCUAUUGCAUUGUCAAACCAUACUGGAAAAGGGGGAGCAGCAGAUGGCCUGAUAGACGCCGAUAGAUCCCUGCUGACAGAGAGAGAAGAGCAAUAUGCCCGUGUAGGAGGGGUUGCAGUCGAGUUUUGUGUUCACAUUGGACGGAAUGACAUCCUGUUUGACACAGUCUUUUCUAAGUUUGUUGCUGCUCAAAGUGGAGGUGUGUUUCUGGAGGCACUAGAGCCAUACAUAUUGAAAGAUAUGCUUGGUUCUUUACCCCCUGAGAUCAUGCAAGCUCUAAUAGAGCAUUAUAGUGGCAAAGGAUGGUUGCAGCGAGUCGAACAAUGCAUUCUUCAUAUGGAUAUUUCAUCACUAGAUUUUAAUCAGGUAGUCAGACUGUGUCGUGAGCAUGGGUUAUAUGGUGCCCUAAUAUAUUUAUUUAACCAAGGCCUGAAUGAUUUCCGUACACCUCUAGAGGAACUUCUAUCUGUUAUCCAGAACGCUACUAGGAAAGAUGCUACUUGCUACAGAAUUCUUGUUUAUCUGAAGUAUUGCUUCCAGGGCCUAGCAUUUCCUCCAGGGCAUGGAAUGAUUCCCCGAGCCCAACUUCAUUCAGUGAGAAGAGAACUUGUGCAAUUCAUGCUUGAGGAGUCUAAAAUGCUCACUUCUGAAGUAUUUAAGGGUUUCAGUUCUUCUUCUGGAAAAUGCCCAAACAUAUGCUAUCUACUAUGGAUGGAUACGGAGGCUACUCUGGAAGUUGUCAAGUGUGCUUUUGCACAAGCGAAUUUUAAACCUACUUGUACUCCUGAUGCAUCUGUGUCUAAGGAUGAAGAUGAUACUAAUAUUGAAAGAACAGAUAGUCAAAAUGUCUUGUUACAAAGUGUAGUUGACACCAUCAUUCAUAUUAUUGGUUUGGAAAAUGAGGCGAUCCAUUCCGUUGUUGUGGGUACUGCUGAGUCAGAAGAAUCAGAACUUUGGCCUUCAGUGAAGGAUUUUGGUUAUAUAAUUGAAUUUGUGUCCUUUUCUAUUUCCAGUAAAAGGGUAAAGCCAUCUCAACGAGUUCUUAAACACAUUCUUAAAUACUUCACGUCAUCCAAUACUCCAAAAUAUGAUGAUAAAAAUGUGCUAGCUCAGAAAGAAGUUCUUCAGCUCUUCAAUGUGGUUCCUCAAGCUGACUGGAAUUCUGAUUAUGUGUUGCAUCUUUGUUUAGAUGCCCAUUUUCAUCAGGCAUGUGGCAGGAUAUAUACAGCCAGAAAUCAAAAUUUGUCUGCUUUAGAUAGUUACAUGAAGGAUAUAGUGGAACCAUACCAUGCUUUUAUCUUCAUCAACAAAAAGUUAUUUCAGUUGACAGGCGAUGAAGCUUUAUCAUUUCGUUCCACAGUAAUAUUUCGUUUUGUCGAGCUGGUCAAUCUAAGCAGGGAGUGCGCAUUUGUCCUGUUCCUUGAUCAUUUUCAAAAUGAGAUCCAGCAAAUAUUGUCAGAGUUUCAUUCUGAUAACCGCAGCCACUUUCUUUUCUUGAAAACUGCAAUGGAAGUACACUUGUCAGGAAAACUUGACUUCAGUGCACUAACUGCCCGGAACCAUGAAAUUGUUGCACGUCAGUACUUCUCUGGUGAAAUCGAAGAUUAUCUGCAGAGAUUAUCAAAUUUCUCAAAGUUGUUUGAUCGCAAUCUUGUUUCUAUUAUUGAUGAGUUAUUUGAACCCUAUCUGAAGCUUCUAUGUCAGUAUGAACCAAGGUCAGUCCUGAAGUUUCUGGAGACUUUUGAUAGUAACAGAUUGGACGGGUGUUUGCAGCCCUGUCUAGAUUAUGGAGUUACAGAUGCUGCUGCAUUUCUGCAAGAGAGGCGUGGUUAUGUUCAGAGUGCACUGGCACUUGUUCUAGCUGGACUAGAUGAGAAAAUUAGCCAGUUUAUCACUUCAGUGGAAAAUGUGUUUUCUCAUAUAUCCUCAAAGAGUAUCUCUGAAAUUGAGCAACCAGCCAUUGUUCUAAAAAUGAGUGAGGCUCAUCCGGUGCUUGAUACAUUACGUUCCUCUAUUGGAUUGUGCCAAAGGAACUCACAGCGCUCAGACCCAGGGAAGUCUCAAUCACUUUGGUUUCAACUUCUUGACUCUUUCUCAGAAGCACUGAAAAAAUUGUAUGGAAGCAAGGAUGUAAAUGGAAAAGGUUGUCCUUCCAAGGGGGAUGAAACAACAAACGGACAUCCAACAGGAAACGGAUUCUCACAACAAACGGCGAUUUCAGCUUAUCAAAGGUGUUUGAAUACUCUGCGGAGAGUAUUCUCACAAUUCAUUGGAGAGAUAAUCGAGGCAAUGGCUGGGUAUAUACCCCUACCCACAAUUAUGUCAAAGCUGUUAUCUGACAAUGGGAGUCAAGAGUUUGGUGAUUUUAAGCUUGUCAUACAUAGAAUGCUGUCUAUGCAUCUUUAUGAAAAAAGAAUACUGGAAACAACUAAGUCAGUUAUUGAGGAUGAUUCGUUCUAUACCUUGAGCUUAUUAAAGAGAGGGGUUUGCCAUGGAUUUGCUCCACACACUUUUGUUUGUUGUGUAUGUAGUUGCUCAGUUUCUAAAGGUGUUAUUUCAGCAGUUCGAGUAUUCAGUUGUGGGCAUGCAACACAUCUUCAUUGUGAAGCUGAACAGAGCAAAUCAUCAAGCGGGGAUUUUAAAGAUGGAUGUUCAGUUUGUCUCUUGGCGAGUGACACACAAACCGGGAAGAAAUCACCUAUAAUAUCUGAGAAUGGGCUACCCAAGUAUCCCAUGGUUGAAAAUGAAGUAGCAUAUGCCGUCCAUCAUAAUAACGAGACAAAUCAUGUUGAGAGAUCUCGUGGGCUUCAGCAGAUGUCACGGUUUGAAAUACUAAGAAGUCUCCAGAAAGCUGAGAAGUCUCUUCAUAUUGAAACUGUACCUCCGUUGAAACUUUCUCCACCAGCUAUAUAUCAUGAGAAGAUACAGAAGCGAGUAAGUUUGGCGGGAGAAUCCAGCAGACACUCAAUUGGAAGUGAAAAACACAGAAAAUAUUGCACUUGAAGGAGGCAAAAUCAAAUAAGAGAAUAAGUUGGGUGGGAGAAUCCAUCAGACAUAUAGCUAGAAGUGAAAAAACCACAGAAAAUAGGAAAUUGGCUUCCGCCAAAGUCAAGCGUAUUCGGUUCUGACAAGACUCGAGUGCAGUGGCAAAAAGGUGCAAACGCCUGCGAAAUCUGCUUUGACCAUUCGCAUAAUGACCUCAAACUGGGCUGCUGCGACUGAUAGAGCGAGGAAAACGAUGCUGAUCCAAAGCUGGUCAAACUCCGAAUAAGACGUACAGGAAGACUCCAAAGCUGGCACGCGUAUGGUGUGCGUGUAAGACAUAUAGGAACACGGUGGCAGGAAGAAUAAUUAAUAUACGCACA